CUUAGAUAAGACGACUCACACGCUGCUAUCUAUCUACUACGUAAAUACCUACUUCCCGAGACAAAUAUCUGGUCACUGUUGUGUCACACCUACACACAUCAACUACCUGAGUAACCGAAAUUCACUUUCCAAUUGACUAAGGUCCACCAUACCUUUACACACGUUCCGCCCUCUACCUGACUCAUUCACUUACACACAUUUCCGCAAUGGCACCUCCUGCGGCCAUUGAAGUCGAAGCCGUCACAGAUACCACUGGAGUCACACUCCCCAAUCCUCUGGCGGCCCCCCUCAAAAGCAACGAGAUCUACGGGAGACGGAGGAAGACUGACAAGAAACAAUGGGGUGUAGCUGCUCCUUCCAACAGUGCCCAUUUUAGGCAUGGUUCAUGUGACCACAAGCCCAAGGCAAAACGGUGGGAUAACUAUCUCUCCCAUGAAGCUACAAUUCGAAAGGGCAAUUCCCUGAAAGAAGCAGCCAAAUACCUAGCCACCCCCGGCAUCAUCUCCCUAGGCGGAGGUCUUCCCUCCAGCGAGUACUUCCCAUUCGAGGAAUUGAGUGUCAAGGUGCCCAGUGCUGGCCACUUCUCCGAAGCUGAGACCAAGGAUUCCGGCGUCGUCCUCACGGCUGGCAAGCACGAUCUCGCAGAGGAGAAGUCGAUUUUCGACAUUGCCACUGCCUUCAACUAUGGCCAGGGAUCUGGCGCAGCACAGCUCGUUCGAUGGGUCACUGAGCACACUGAGCUCGUCCACGACCCACCGUAUCAGGAUUGGAGAUGUACGCUGUCCAUCGGCAGUACCUCUGCUCUCGACAUGAGCUUCCGUCUUCUUUCAAGACCCGGUGAUGUGGUUCUUUCAGAAGAAUACACGUUCUCCGCCGCAGUGGAGACGGCGCUCCCUCUGGGUCUACGUGUCGUAGGAGUACCCAUCGACACCGAAGGUCUCCUCCCAGACGAAAUGGACUCCAUCCUCACCAAUUGGGACGUCAACGCCCGUGGCUGUCGGAAACCCCAUCUCCUCUACACCGUUCCCACCGGCCAGAACCCAACCGGUGCCACCCAGAGUGCCGAGCGCCGCGCAGCAAUUUACCGCGUCUGCCAGAAACACAACGUCAUCAUCAUCGAAGACGAACCCUACUACUUCCUCCAAAUGAACCCCUACACCGGCCCCGACGCCCCCGCCGUUCCCCCACCCACCUCCCACGCCGACUUCCUCCACCGCCUCGUACCCAGCUACCUCUCCAUGGACGUGGACGGGCGCGUGAUGCGUCUCGACUCCUUCUCCAAAGUAAUCUCCCCGGGCUCCCGAGUCGGCUGGGUAACCGCCUCAGAGCAGCUCGUAGAACGCUAUCAAAAGCACGCGGACGUAUCCACGCAAGGCCCCGCGGGGCCCUCCCAACUCAUCCUCUUCAAGCUCCUCGACGAGCACUGGGGCCACGCCGGGUACCUCGACUGGCUCAUCCACAUCCGCAUGGAGUACACGCGGCGCCGGGAUGUCAUCCUGGCCGCCUGCGAAACACACCUCCCCAAGUCGAUCGUCUCGUGGAAGCCGCCGUCCGCGGGCAUGUUCCACUGGCUCAAGAUAGAAUUUAAGAAGCACCCCGAGUACCCGGCCAAGGACAUCGAGACGCUGGAGGACCAGAUCUUCAUGCGGAAUAUCGAGCAUGGCGCGUUGCUUAUGAAGGGCAGUUGGUUCUAUGCGGAUGGGAACGAGAAGCAUGAUACGCUGUUCUUCCGCGCGACGUAUGCUGCGGCGCCGGCGGAUAGGAUUGAUGAGGCUAUCAAGAGGUUUGGCGAGGCGAUUAGGGAGGAAUUUGGGUUGGUGGGUAAGGAGUAGGAGAAUGGGCAUUGAGAUGAUUGAAAGUUUCCUCAUUUCAUGGGACGGGGAGAGGUAUAUGAUUUAAUGAAUGCCAUGGAUGGAAACGAAAAGAGUGUUGUAUCCAGGAGAGUUCAGUCCUCCUUUUCGAUAGAUUGGAAGAAUGACUUGUUUCGGGACGCAAGAAUCUGGCUCCCAGACAAAAGAAAAAAAGUCGUAAAAUAUCUCGAAAGGCGAAGCGUCUUCGUAGUUGCACUUCAAACAGUCUUGAUAAAUAGCAAAUAUAAAC